CGACGCGAUUCCAGAAUUUACUUCUAUUUUUAUGCAUUCACCCUACGACAAUUUGUUACUUUGUUAUCUGUACGGAAUAAACAGAUUCUCUUGUUUGUUUCGACCCUACUCAUCACCUGCUAUUCCCUUAUACCAAAUCAUCUCUACUGAACCCUCACCCUAUCCAUACCCGUCCGCCAUGUCGUCCGCUGUAGUCUCCGCCGACGACGGCUUAGAGCCUAGCCUGCAGUCUAUCCUGGACCAGAAGACGUUGCGAUGGAUAUUCGUUGGUGGCAAAGGUGGUGUUGGCAAGACGACGACCUCAUGCUCCCUAGCCAUACAACUCGCAAAAGUCCGCCGCUCGGUUUUACUCAUCUCCACCGAUCCCGCCCACAACUUGUCCGACGCAUUUUCCCAGAAGUUCGGCAAGGAGGCCCGCUUAAUAGACGGUUUCACAAACCUCAGUGCUAUGGAGAUCGACCCGAAUGGAAGCAUUCAAGAUUUAAUAGCCGGGCAAGGUGAAGACACCAGCGAUACUAUGGGAGGCAUGGGAGGCAUGAUGCAGGAUCUGGCCUUCGCAAUUCCAGGUAUAGACGAAGCCAUGUCUUUUGCAGAGGUUCUAAAGCAGGUCAAAUCUCUCUCCUACGAGGUCAUUAUCUUCGAUACCGCACCCACAGGCCACACCCUCCGUUUCCUGCAAUUUCCAUCCGUCCUCGAGAAAGCGCUGGCUAAAAUCUCGCAACUCUCUUCACAAUACGGCCCAUUACUUAACGGUUUCCUCGGCAACCAAGGCACGCUCCCGAACGGACAGAACUUGAACGAGAUGAUGGAGAAGUUGGAGACCCUGCGCCAGACUAUCUCCGAGGUGAACACACAGUUUAAGGACGAGAACUUGACGACGUUUGUGUGCGUCUGCAUAGCAGAAUUCCUAAGCCUGUACGAGACGGAACGUAUGAUCCAGGAACUGGCGAGCUACAGCAUCGACACGCACUGCAUUGUGGUGAAUCAGCUCCUCUUCCCAAAGCAAGGAAGCAACUGCGAGCAAUGCAAUGCGCGACGGAAGAUGCAGAAGAAGUACUUGGAUCAGAUCGAGGAAUUAUAUGACGAGUUCAAUGUUGUAAGAAUGCCACUGCUAGUAGAGGAGGUUAGGGGUAAGGAGAAGCUAGAACGAUUCAGCGAAAUGCUGAUCCACCCUUAUGUCCCCCCAGAGUAAAACGCACACCUGGAGUCUAUUGGGCCGUCUGGAGUCGGGAAGCGUGGCGUUCAAGACCUUUGGCUUACAUCGAGGGUCUAAUGUAAGGGAAAUAGAGGCAUGACGGAGCUUUUCAGUGCUCCUAGCAUAUGUGCCGACCUAGAUACUCACGAGAUAGGGAAAUAAGAACAUGACAUGUCUACCCUAAU